AUGGACGAAGAUUCUUUUGCCAGUCCGGCAAAGACGUUUGAGAGGAUAUUUGGCGAUGGAAGGCUGCGAGUGGUCUCAUACAAUGUUUGUGGUUUUGGUGCAGGUUUUAAAGAAAAUGUCGAUACUGAAGAAGUGACGAGAGUCUAUGGAAGGCUUCGAAAGGAUUUGAGUGAUCUCAAAGCAGACAUCAUUUGCCUGAAUGAAGUAAAACGGAUUUCUGUGAAAGAUCCCGAAGGCAAUGAUCGGGAUGAUACUUUGGAAGCUUUAGCUGAAGAUUUGGAAGAGAUGGAGUAUUUCUUUGCUCACGCAAAUCCUGGAUAUGAGAGCUUCGGCAAUGCUAUCUUGGUCAGCAGGAAGCUUCAGGUCUGUGUUGCUGCAAGCCUGGAAGAUGCUGACAAGAAAUUUGCAGUGCUGGCCACGCAUUUAGACCAUAUAUCUGAGGCAGAGCGACUUCGUCAAGCAGAGUCGAUUUUGUCCCAUCGAGCUCGACUGAGCAAUGGCCUUCCACAUCUACUUGUAGGGGAUCUGAAUGCAAUGAAGCGUUCUGAUUACUCUGAAGAGGAGUGGGCAGCCCUAGAGGCUCGAAACUCGAGAAAUCGCUGGAGUCCACCCGAGGACUCAGCUGCCCUGGUGGCAUUGGAGGCUGCUGGCUACAGAGACAUGCACCAGACAGCGUCUGAAGCUCGCUGGACCUUGGCAGCGGAUCCACCUGCUCGAAUCGAUUACAUCUUGGCAUCCAACGACUUCGGCAGAAUAGGCAGAAUCAACGAGGCUUUCGUUGCAUCAGCCGUUGGAUCUGAUCACCUCCCAAUGGUAUUGGACAUUCUUUUGAAAGAGACUUGA